AUGAGAACUCCCCAAAGAGGACGUGGUGGUGGUGGUGGUGGCACUGGCUGCGGUGGAAGAGGCCGUGGAAGAGGAGGGACCAAAAAAGCAAAAGGCCUUGAAAGUGAAUCCGAGGGAGGAAUAAAGGGAGGAAGCAAAGUGUUGGUGGCGCCACACAGGCACGCAGGAGUGUUCAUUGCCAAGAGUAAAAGAGAUGCUCUUGCUACCAAGAACUUAGUCCCUGGUGAACUCGUUUACAAUGAGAAGAGAAUCUUUGCUCAGAAGGAAGAUCGAUCUACAGUUGAAUACAGAAUUUGGAACCAUCAUAGAUCCAAGUUAGCUGCUGCUAUUAACAUUGGUGUUGAUAACAUUUGGAUCAAACCUGGUCUUAAAGUUCUUUACCUUGGUGCUUCUUCGGGUUACACUGUAUCUCAUGUCUCUGACAUUGUUGGCCCUGAGGGAUGUGUUUAUGCUGUUGAACAUUCUCAUAUAUGUGGUAAAGAUUUGAUGAACAUGGCGGAGAAGAGAGAAAAUGUCGUACCAAUCAUUGAAGAUGCUAGACAUCCAGCUAAAUACAGAAUGCUUGUUGGAAUGGUUGAUAUUAUCUUCUCUGAUGUUAACCAACCAGAUCAAGCUACGAUAAUGGCUCUCAAUGCAUCAUAUUUCCUCAAAUCUGGAGGUCACUUUAUGACUUCUAUAAACGCGAAAGGUAUAGACUCAACGUCAUCAGCAGAAACAGUGUAUCAGAAGGAAGUUGAGAAGCUGCAGAUGGAAGACUUGAGAGCAACAGAGUUAUUGGUUCUUGACACUUGGGAAGGUGACCAUGCUUGUAUUUUCGGUGGAUAUCGCUUGCCUAGGAAGCAAAAAAGCUGA